AUGUCUUUUAUUUCAGCCAUGUCCGUUUCAGUAUUUUUUCUAAUACCCACCAUACUGGUGUAUUUAGUGUUAAAAGAAUUGAGGGAAAAUCUGCGUGGUAAACUAUUGAUUUGUUAUCUUUUGUCAUUGGCCAUGGACUAUGCCAUUAUUAGUUUCAUAAAUAUCUCGCAAUUAACUUUCGAUUUAAUAACAUGCAGUUUUCUGGGUUUCACAAGUUACUUUUUCUCCGUGGCGGCCUUUUUAUGGUUGAGCACUUUAUGUUAUGACAUUUGGAAGAAUUUCAAAGGAACCAAUAUUGAAUUGAAUUCGAGAAAGAACAGCAAACAGUUUAUUUUGUAUUCCCUGUAUGUGUGGUUGAGUGCCGGCCUGGCAACAUUUUGUAUUAUAUAUAUAGAACUGUCACCCACUGUGGAUGAUAUUUAUAAGCCUGGUAUUGAUGGGGAAAUGUGUUCUUUGGAUACUAAAAAAUGGUCGGCGGCUCUUUAUUUUUAUGGCCCCAAUCUAGUCAUUUUACUUUUCAAUUUUGCAACUUUUGUCUAUAUAACGGCUAAAAUUUAUAAGGUGCGACGCAAUGCGGCCAGCAUUACACUCAGAGACAAAUUCUUUCAAGAAAAUGCAUUUGUCCUUUUACGUUUAUUUCUUAUCAUGGGUAUAUCCUGGCUUUUCGAUUUUGUAUCCUACUGUAUGCAUGAAAAUGAAGACUGGGAUAUUUUGAUUGUAUUCUGCGAUUUUGCAAAUGCCAUUCAGGGAAUUUUAUUAUUUUGUCUGUUUGUGCUGAAACCCAAUGUUUUGAUGCUAUUGAAGAAGAGAUUUCAAAAGGACUCGGCUGACAAGCCUCGAAGUAGUGUUUCUACAUCCAUCACUAAAUUUUUGCAUUCACAAAGUUCAUCUUCCCCACAAGCCGCUGUACACCUUAGAUCACCAUAA